CUUUCCAAAGAUGGCUGCUUGCUAGCUCCUCCCCACAGCAGCUGCAAAUUCUUGUUGCAGCUGCGGUGGUGGGUGCCUCUUGCUGGGCUACUGAAGUUGCACUCUGCAGCUCCCUGCCCUCUGCUCUCUCCAAGGCCAAUAGCUCAGGACUUUGGCCUCGAGGCAAAGCCUCGACUCUUAAGCAGAAAAAAGGGGGUGGUGCAAACUUGUACAGUGCAAUGCUUGCCUUCCUAGCGAGGAACAUGGCAAAGCCAUCAGGUUUGCUGAGGCCGGUGGCACUGAGGAAACUUCCGGGCCGGUACCUCGCCCACCAGGAGAGCUUGCCUCGCCUCCCCAUCCCGCCUCUCCAGCAGACGUUGGACCGCUACUUGUCUGCGCUCCAGCCCAUCAUCAGCGAGGAGGAACUCAGCCACACCAGGGAGCUGGUGCAGGAUUUUCUGAAACAGGGCGGUGUUGGGGAGAGGCUACAGAAAGGACUGGAGAGAAGAGCCCGGAAACAUGAGAACUGGCUUUCUGACUGGUGGCUGAAAACUGCAUAUCUAGAGUAUCGGCUGCCUGUGGUGGUACAUUCCAGUCCUGGAGUAGUUUUGCCCAAACAGGAUUUUCUGGAUCGGCAAGGGCAGCUAAGGUUUGCUGCGAAGCUGAUUGAGGGGGCUUUGGACUUCAAAACCAUGAUUGACAAUGAGACACUUCCUGUGGAAUACCUGGGUGGGAAACCCCUCUGCAUGAACCAAUACUACCAAAUCCUCUCUUCCUGCCGUAUCCCCGGCCCCAAACGGGACUCUGUUGUGAAUUACGCAAAAGGAAAGAAGCCUUCAACGCAUAUCACUGUAGUCCACAACUUCCAGUUCUUUGAGCUGGAUGUCUACAGCAGCGACGGCAGCCCCCUGACGACUGACCAGAUAUUUAUUCAGCUGGAGAAGAUCUGGAACACCUCCCUCCAAACCAACAAGGAGCCAAUUGGGAUCCUGACCACCAACCAUCGCAACACCUGGGCCAAGGCCUACAAUAACCUCAUCAAGGACAAAACCAACAAAGAGUCUGUGCGUUCAAUUGAAAAGAGCAUCUUCACUGUCUGCCUGGAUGCACCAAUGCCCCGUGUCUCAGACGAUAUCUACAGGAGCCGUGUGGCUGCCCAGAUGUUGCACGGUGGGGGCAGUCGCUGGAACAGUGGGAACCGCUGGUUUGAUAAAACGCUUCAGUUUAUUGUGGCCGAGGAUGGCUCCUGUGGUUUGGUGUACGAACAUGCCCCCUCGGAGGGUCCCCCUAUUGUCGCCCUACUAGAUCAUGUUGUGAACUAUACAAAGAAACCAGAAUUGGUGAGAUCGCCAAUGGUCCCCUUGCCGAUGCCCAAGAAACUCCGGUUUAACAUCACCCCAGAAGUGAAGAAUGAUAUCGAGAAAGCGAAACAGAACCUUAACAUCCUGGUGCAAGACUUGGAUAUCAGUGCAAUUGUCUUCCAUCAGUUUGGGAAGAAUUUCCCCAAGUCGGAAAAGAUCAGUCCAGAUGCUUUUAUCCAGAUUGCUUUGCAGCUGGCCUACUACAGGAUGUAUGGGGAGGCCUGUUCCACCUAUGAGAGUGCCUCACUCCGGAUGUUCCGCCUGGGCCGGACAGACACGAUCCGUUCUGCCUCCGUAGAUUCUCUCAAGUUUGUGGAAGCCAUGGAUGAUUCUGGCAAGCAGGACCUGGAGAAGGUGGAACUACUGAGACAAGCCACCCAGGCUCAUCGUGCCUACACUGACAUGGCAAUUAGAGGGGACGCAAUAGAUCGCCACCUCCUGGGGCUGAAGCUCCAGGCCAUUGAGGACCUUGUCAGCAUGCCCGAACUGUUUAUGGAUACUGCGUACGCUGUUGCCAUGCACUUCAAGCUCUCCACCAGCCAGGUCCCCGCAAAGACUGACUGCGUAAUGUGUUUCGGCCCAGUGGUCCCAGAUGGCUACGGGAUCUGCUACAACCCCAUGGACGAACAUAUCAACUUUGCCAUCUCGGCCUUCAACAGUUGCGCCGAAACAAAUGCAGCCCGGAUGGCACAUUACCUAGAGAAGGCCCUCUUGGACAUGCAGCUGCUCCUCAAAUCGAACCCCAGGUCUAAACUUUAAAGGUGGGGGGAGUUGCGGUUUAAAGCCUUGGAGGCUCCAAAAUCCAGACAGUUGCACAAAGGCUUCAGCUGCAGGGAGUGUCUUACAUCCCUGAUCUCCAUGGAGUGAGGCCUGUUUGUGGUUCUAGGACUGCUAGGCCAAAAAACAAACAAACUAAGCUAAAAUAAAAAUACGUUUGGUUUUUGUUUUGAAAGGAGCUUGGAACAGACAGACUUUAUCCUGUGAUCAUGAAGUGCCUUAUUGCUUCCCCAGAAUUGGGGGGAUAGGUUUUUUUCUUGUCAUACCUGCAUUUUGUUUUUGCUGUGAAAACAAGAAUAUAGGAAUGGCAGCCUGCUUCCCACCUCAAACAAGUCCAGAGGGCAGCCAGGGAAUUCCUGCUUCCCUGUAGACCAGGGGUAGUCAACCUUUUUUUACCUACCGCCCACUAAUGCAUCUUUCUUGAUGGUAAAAUUUCCUUACUGCCCACCAGUGCUCGAUGGAAGGAAGAUUCAGCUUGUGCUGUAGAACCCCCUACCACCCACCUAGAAUCCUGAAACGCCCACUAGUGGGCGGCAGGGACCAGGUUGACAACCCCUGCUUUAGACACUGAGAAGGAACUGAAAUUAACUUGAGGCCGCCUCUGGAUCUGUCACCAGCUGCGUUUCCUCAUGGCCUCUUCAUAGAAUUAUAGUUGGGAAGGAUCAUCCAGUCCAGCCCCCUGGGUUCGGUCCGGCAGCUCUGUGCCAAUCCUGUGUGCUUGGGGUGGUUUGCUUUAUGAUGGGGAGGUGGGCUUCUUAAACCAAGGAAAUAUGGUCGCCUUUCUACUUUGCUGCUAGCUUGGAGAGGGGAUCGUUGCAGUGUAGCUUUAUCUGUUUUCUAUGCCCUCAACACCCAUCCACAGCUCAGAUCUCCGUUUUGUGUUUGCUUGGGUUUUUUAAUAUCCUUGUGUGUUUUGGGAAUCCAUCAGGAUGGGAGCACCCCCUGCUGUAACAGGUUCCUAUCCCCUGCAGAUCCACCCAUUUUAUCGUUUGAUAAUAAAGCACUCUUCGUUGUUGAAGAAGUAGGUGUUCUGGCCAUUUUCACUGUAGAUUGCCGACACCUCACCCCACCUGACACAGAAGUAUGCGAAGAUCAAGCAGUCUAAAGGAUUUGCUGGGUCUUGGUAAAAUCUACGAGAAACUGGUGAGAAGUCAAGUAGUCGGGGAGAAAGGAUGGGGCCUGGCUAGAAGUAAGAAUCUGCCGGGGGGGGUGUGUCUCCAACCUCCCUGUUCUA